AUGGAGCUGCUGGGGCACUACCUGGUUUUCGGCACCGGCUCGCCUUCAACCGUCACCAUCACAGCUUUGCCCCAGACCGUCACCCAGACGGUAGUCCAAACCAUCACCCAAAUGCAGGUCAUCGCCUCAACCGUCACCCAGAUCCAGUCGGUACCAGCAGCAAGUUCUUCCAGUCAAGUACCAGGAGUGGUUGCGGGAGCACCUGCCAAUGACGGACUACCGCGCGCCAGCGGUGGAGUGGGAGUGACGACGGUUUCGAUCCCAGCUUCUUUACGCACUUCGACUUUGGAGGUGCCCCCGGCUGCUACUGCUCCUUCGACCUCAAUCUCGGUGCCCUCAGCUGACACAACCUCCACGACGAGCGCGGCAGUAACAACUAGCAGCACAUCAUCCUCCUCUGCCUUGGGGCUCUCUACCACUUCGACCACCGUGGAGGCUAUCACCACAUCCACAACCGACCUCGCCACCAGCACAUCAACCAGCGCCCCCGCCGUAGCCAUAACUUCAACGGUCUCUGUGAAAGCCCCUUCCUCGACUUCGACCUCGACCUCGACCUCGACCUCAACCUCGAGCACCACCGUCGCCGUAGGAGCAGGAGCUGAGCCGACCUCAGUCCUUGUUCUCCCGGUCGUUUCAGCAGCCAAGCCGACAACCACCGCGGUAAUGCCGACGCCGGGUGUUGCGAAUGGAGGGAUUCAGUUGAGUCUUGAUGUGUCGGGGCUGAGUCUGACGAACGUGUUGAAUUUGGGGAAUUUGGUGCCGCCUACGGCUGCUGCGCGGCCGUGA